CAAACAAAUCGUUACAAGGAGCUUACCGAUGUCAUUUCCACAGUCUGUAUCGUUACAUGAAAACUUAACGUGACUUUACUGAGAAAUCGGUCGUACGGUUAUUUCACCUCAUGAAUCAAAUGAAGAAGAAAGCACUAAUGCUAAGGAGAAUGGUCCUCCCCAAGAGGAAAUGGCACAGAAAAAUAAACAGAUGACUGUGGGAACUGGAGACAGUGAUGCUGCACGAACAACAAUAUUGAAACCUGUAGGGGAGGGGAAGAAUGGAAAUAAAACAGCCUCCAAGCAGCGGCCAGAGAGGAAAGGUUGUUGUUACUGUGGCAAGGAGCGUAACCUAAACAUUGUAGAACUGCUGUGUGCCAGCUGCUUACAUUGGUACCACGAGUCAUGUAUAGGUCUUCAGCUUGGAAAGCUUGUGCCUUUCAUGAUGAACUACGUAUUUGUGUGCAAAAACUGUUCUCCUACAGGACUGGAAAGUUUCAAGAAAAACCAGGCUGCAUUUACACAGAUGUGUGUAACUGCCUUAGGAAACUUAAAACAUGCAAGUGCAAAAGAGGGCACACCCAGGACAAUGUUUUCUAAAGAUAAAGAAAUUGUUCCAUUUAUUGAUCUUCAUUGGGAAGGCAUGACAACAAUGCCACGCCGUGUUACUCAGUCAUGGCAUUCAACGAUCCAUCGUGCCUUAAUGAAAGAUACAGGAACAUUAUUUGUAUGUGAUGACACUGGGAAGACUGAUGCCCAUCCAUUAUAUGGUCUUCAAGGCCUUGAACUAGUUGACAUAAGGCCAAAUUAUGAGGCAAUGAUUCGUGGAGGUCAUUUGAAAAUUACAGACAUGGGAGUUCAACAUGUACAACCAUCAAGUACCGUAAAAGGUCGAAGUACAAAAAGGAAGAUAGCAUCUGAUCAGGGAGGUGGUGGUAGACAGAGGGGUCGAGUAACUGAAGCAACUGCACCAAAAUUGUCAGCCCAUGGCUAUCCUUUGGAACAUCCAUUCAAUAAGGAUGGGUAUCGUUAUUUCCUUGCAGAGCCUGAUCCACAUGCUCCAUUUAGGCAGGAAUUUGAUGAGAGCCCUGACUGGGCAGGUAGACCAAUACCUGGCUGGUUGUACCGCAGACUGUGUCCAAGUACAGUCUUACUUGCACUUCAUGACCGUGCUCCACAGUUGCAUAUUUCUGAAGACAGACUUUCUGUCACUGGUGAGAAGGGAUACUCCAUGGUUCGUGCCACUCACUCGGUGAGUCGUGGCACAUGGUACUGGGAAGCCACUGUGGAGGAAAUGCCUGAUGGCUCAGCAACACGUCUGGGGUGGGGACAGGAGUAUGGAAAUCUGCAAGCACCUUUAGGUUAUGAUAAAUUUGGAUAUUCCUGGCGGUCAAGGAAGGGUACACGAUUUCAUGAGUGUCGUGGUAAACACUACAGUCCUGCGUAUGGAGAAGGUGAUGUGCUUGGAUUCAUGAUUGUUUUACCCGACUCAAAUGAAGUAAAUCAUUUACCUCAGCCCUACAAAGAUAGACCUCUAGUGAAAUUCAAGAGCCACCUCUACUAUGAAGAAAAAGAUACAGUCAAUGAAAAACUGAAGCAGCUUAAAAUUAUUCCUGGAAGUAAGCUGAUCUUUUACAAAAAUGGUGUCUCACAGGGUGUUGCUUUUACAGAUAUAUAUGGUGGUUCAUAUUAUCCAUCACUUUCACUGCAUAAAAGUUCUACCGUUUCUGUAAAUUUUGGACCAAAUUUUAAAUUUCCACCAACUGACUUUCCAUUCAGACCAAUGUCUGAGAAAGCAGAGGAAGCCAUUUGUGAACAAGCUUUAGCAGACAUCCUGUACUUAACGGAAAAUGAGGGGCGACUCCGUCUUGACAUUUAUGGAUCGUAACUGCUACAUGUUAUUGGAGUUGUUGUCAACUUUAUGAUACUUUCAAGAGCUUUUUUUGGCAAAGUUGUAAAAUAUAAUUUUGCUGAUUGCCAAAGUGAUAUAUAUUUGUGAUGUUAGUUUUGCUGUGAAUACUAUGUCAGUAAAAUUAUAUACAUAAGAUACUUGAAACUAUAUUCUGUGAUGAUAUUUAUAUUUUUUCUGUUCUGGUGUCAAUGGAGCAUCAUGUCCAUUGAUAAGAGUGUAAAGCACCAUUUUAAUUCCAGUGCAUGAAGUUAGUGACUAACUGCAUUUCACUUUGUAAAAUGACUGUACGUUUUAACAUUAGGAACAACCUGGAACAAAAUGUGAUAGCUGUGAGGGCUGCUGUACUUUAAUGUUGUGCCUUAAAUUUGUUGAUUCUGUGAAACAAUGGUUAUUUACAGAUAUAUAUAUGUAUAUAAUAUGGGAAUUUAUAUAUUUCCAGAAAAAAUUGCAUUUAUCUCCAAUAUAAUCAUUGUAAAUAAAUGAUUGUAAGCCAUUUUCGGAUGGUAGUGUAUUUUUGUAUAGAGAUUUGAAAAUACAGCUUGUGAAUACCUUCUGUAA